UCGACUUUUUCAGCAUAAAUAUUCUCCACAUCCCCCUUUGCAAGUAGCACCGGUACUCCUACAAUCUAGUGCUAGAAAGCUAGCUAGAGGCAUCCUCGUUCAAUGAGAUCAUCUAGCAACAAACCAUCAAUAAAGAAGACCAGUUCCUUUCUCCUGAAUAAGCCCCCUGAUAAUUAUAAUCCAAUGGAACACCCAAAGCCAAAUCCUCCUCGUCCUCCUCGUCCUCCUCCUCCUCCUCAGAAAAUCGAAUACCCCGCCUCUCCUCAAAUUAUAUUGGGAGAAGAAACACUUCGCCAUACUAGUCACCCCCAACACCCUCUAUCUCAGGUUGAAGUGUCUGACCUCUUUACCUGCUCAGGUUGCAAGGAGUAUGGCUCAGGCUUUAGGUUUACUUGCCAGCAAUGCGAGUUUCAGUUACACGUGUUCUGUGCCCUAGCUCCUCCACUUCUUAAGGAGCAUCCUUUCCACAGGCAACACCAACUUUCCCUUCAUUCUAAACCAGUUAAAGGUGGGAUUUUAAAAUCCAAGUGUGAUGUUUGCUGGAAGCCCACAAAAGGAUACACUUUCAGAUGCAAUGCUUGCAGCUAUCAGAUGCACCCUUGCUGCGCUAUGCUAUCCGACCAAAUUAACAUUACGGUACAUCCACACCCCUUAAAGCUCUUACCAGCCAACGUAACGAAUUCACCAAACGGAGACUCUGCUUCUGGUUUUGUCUGUGGUGAGUGCAAAAGGAAGAGAUCAGGCCGAGUGUACCGAUGCACGGUCUGUGAAUACCAUCUGCACGCUGUGUGCGCUAAAAACAUGGUUAAUGGUCUUGAAGCCAAUGGUAUAAAGGGCCCUGAAAAGCCCAGCAUGCUAGGAACUGCAGCUCGACUUGCAUCUCAGGUCUUUUCCGAAUUCAUUGGAGGCAUCAUUGAAGGGCUCGGAGAAGGUGUAGGAGAAAUGUUCAUUCAAACUAUCACCAGAGGAAGGCGCCCUGCAGUGAAUAAUAAUAGCGAUUAAUCCAUUAAGCUGCUGCUACAGCUAGCUAUCUAGGCUGAUAUGCGGUAAAAUGGAGGUUUGAAUUAAGAUAUAUUUGCAUAUAAGUAUAUAUGUAUUGAUUAAUAUUUCAUUUGUUUGUAGCCGCCGCAUUGUUGCAAACUGGCUAGGUGAUGGUGAAAGCUAAUUGACCAUGGAUAUAUAUGUAGCUGUUGUAUAAUUAUCUCAUGCAUGUAUGUUUGCCAAAAUGUAUUUGUAUAUUGGAA